CACCAGUCGGUCGGUGCGCCAAGAAAGGAGUCGCACGGGUCGCGCGAACUUAACCUCGUCGCGAAUACUCGGUAAUGGCAUUUAUAGCUAUAAUUCUCGAGAACUACGCGAUGUCGUAAUCUGAUUUUUUUUUCGCACACAAACACACUCGCGCGCGCCGUGUGUCUAUUCGUGUGAUCCGGUCUUUCGUAUACAUCACGUCGCGCAGCGUUAUCUACCUCGCAUAGGUAUAUCGAAUAACUCGUAAAUUUGCGUGCUGCUGCACUGCGCCGCGGCGUGGGGAUUCAUAUUCUCGAUGUUUGCGACCGCGCAGAAGAAGUCUCUCGAGCAGGAAAACGCCAACGUUUGACAGCUGCAGACGCUGCCUGCAGCAGUUGCGCUCGCUCGCUCGUGGUGGUGUCCAUAAAAAGUUCAAAGUGGCCAACUAUAUAUCUCUGAGUGCACGACAAAAUUGAGGCGUUCAUUCUAUCGAAUCUGCCCUCGGGUGUGAAAGCCUGGCUCUUUGGCCGGAGCUUCGCUCGCUGGGCCCUCGCUGCAGGCCCCGAGUGCAGCGGUGGCAUCGGCGAGAUGUCGAUUAGGUCGGCGGUCCAGCGAAUUCUGCACGAUGGUCGGCUCGUUCUGCGCUCACUCAGAAAUCCAGAGCGUUCUUUCAACCCGGCCAGAGCCCACAUCAACAAAAUACACGUUGUACGAGUAGGUGAGCAGUCCCAGGGCCAUGUACCCGGAGGCACUGCAACGGCAGCCUCUGCAGCAACAGCUCAAGGGCCCCUUGGCUACCUGGGAGCUCAAGCACGGCGUCUAUUCGUAGAUAGUAUAUUGAACAGAGUCACCAAUUCAUUGGCAGCAGACCUAAGCAGACGCGCUGCAACUAGACUGCUGUUCAGAGGCGACUCUGCUCCAUUUUUUGCAUUGGUAGGCAUUUCCUUGGCAUCCGGCACAGGUAUUCUUACGAAAGAGGAUGAGCUCGAAGGAGUUUGCUGGGAAAUACGAGAGGCUGUCAUGAAAAUGAAGUGGAACAAGCCCACGAAUGAUAACAAUUAUGAAAAUACAACUGGGAACAAUGGCCAGAUUACAUUGAAGAACUUUGUUGUUGGACCUCUGAUAGCAAAAGGUGCCAACGCAGUGGUAUAUGCAGCACGCUUAAAAAAUGAAAAUGAAAUAGCCAUUGAAGAAGAUUUAACGAUUGAUAACUCAAAUGGUGUAUCAUCAUUUCCUUUGGCUAUGAAAAUGAUGUUCAAUUACGAUGCUGAAUCCAAUGCCGCCAGAAUUUAUGAUGCGAUGCAGAGGGAAAUUGUUCCUGUGUGGAAAGAUUAUAAGAACGAAUCAUUAUUUCAAGGAGAACAAAUUUUAUCUGAAAACAUGGCUACCUUACCACCUCAUGUAAAUAUUGUGGCGAUGUAUUCAGUAUUUGCUGACAGGAUUCCAUUUUUACCACAUGCUACAACUUUAUACCCAGAUGCUUUACCAACUAGAUUAAAUCCUGAAGGUUCUGGGAGGAAUAUGAGUCUAUUUUUGUUGAUGAAAAGAUAUGAUCUAUCAUUAAAAGAAUAUCUAUCUAAGACUCCUAGUCCUCGAGAAUCUGUACUUUUAUUUGCUCAGCUACUGGAAGGAGUUGCUCACAUGAACUGUCAUGGUAUUGCUCACAGGGAUCUAAAAUCUGACAAUAUUCUUCUUGAUAUUUCGGAGGAGUCAGACAACUGCCCAACAUUGGUAAUAACCGACUUUGGAUGCUGUUCAGCCUCAAAAAGUCAUGGUCUUUAUAUACCAUAUCAUUAUUCUGAAAUGGAUAGAGGAGGAAACGUUGCACUCAUGGCACCAGAAAUUCGAACAGCGAAAGCAGGGCCUUUUACUAGUCUUAAUUACACCAAGUCUGAUCUUUGGGCUGUAGGUACUAUAGCAUACGAAAUUUUUGGUAUGCAAAAUCCAUUUCUUGGAACUAGAACGGAAAAAGCAUUGUUGAGUAGUGCAGAUUACAAAGAAGAGGAUUUACCAUCUCUGCCAGAUUCCGUUCCUAACAUAAUUGCAUGCCUGAUAAAAGAUAUUUUGAUACGUAAUCCUUAUAAGCGGCCAACCAUUGGGGUAGUAUCAACGAUAAUGCAAUUAUACUUGUGGGCGCCUAGUGCAUGGUUACAAAAAGAAAAGAAAAUUCCAUCAAGUAGCGAGAUCUUACAGUGGCUUUUGUGUUUAACUACAAAAGUACUGUGCGAAGGUCGAAAUGAUUCUUUGGAAGAGCGUACCAAUGAAAGUUCAAGUAAGAGCGAAGGUGCGACAUUGCCGAAAACUCUUCAACGUUCUCUUUCUACUCGGUCCUGUGGACGUCGGACAAUGCCGGAAUAUCAGCUUAUUGCAAGUUUCCUGGGGAGAGUGAGUCUCAUUAACAUCCGUGAUGCGCUUAAAUGGAUUCAGAUCAACAACUGAACUUGAAAAAAAUCGAUUGUUAUCACAGCCUUAAUUAUUGUUUGUUAAAAGGCUCAUACGAACGAAACUUAAAUUUGUUUACGACUGUUUAUAAUGUAUGCGUCAAUUAGUAUUCGUUAAUGAUUGUCGAAAAUUAAUUUGUCUCAUCAACUUUUUUAGUCAUUUUAAGCUUUAUUUUUGAUACUUAAAGGAAGCACAAAAGAGAGAUAAUCGGUUAAAAAAAAUUUUUUUAAAGCGGGAAAUCGAAAUUACACACGACAAAGCAUGUUGACUCUUUUGUGAUUCAAGUGCCUUGAGAUCUAAUAACGAGAUUCGUUAAUAAAAAUUGUUAUAAAAAAUUGUUUCUAUCUGUUGAAUAAUCAUUUUUGUAUCUUUUAUUUAUUAUUGUGUAAAAAAGUCAAUUUCAUCGAUGGAAAGCGAAUUUUAAAAAUUGUCAAAUUUAAUUCUUAGUUUAGUUAAUACUAAUAAUAUACUAUUAAUGUCUAGGUCUUAUUUAUUAUCGAAUAGUAAUAUCAAUUACUAUUACGCGAAAUUUUGAGGAAAAUCAUUUGUGAACAUGUACAUAGCAUGUUGGAUUCUUUCGAAGAGAGUAAAACACGAUUGUCAAUCGAAAGAAAUAAACGAAUAAAAAAAAAGAUUUAAAUAACGUUAUAAA